CUCUUUCCUCACCGCCCACACUCUCAGCCCAAUUCCCAUUUUCCCCUCCCUGACGAUAGCUGGCACAUCCCCAUUCCCCAAACCCUAGAUAGUGACUCAGUGAGGGAGAGGACGUGUCGCCAUGAGGGGUUGGAGUGGCGGCACCGGCGAACUGGCGGAGGGCGGCCGACGUGUGCGGCGGCAGGCGGCGGCGACUACGGGUCUACGGCGGGGCGGCGGCGUGGAGGCAACUCGGCACGGGCGCGGCUUGGCGGCUGCAGCAGGGAGGUCGCGCGUGUCAGACUAUAUUAGGUACGGAUUCUAUGAUCGGGGCAUCAAUCCAUCAACAUUUAUUUAUAGGUAUUUUACUCAAAGCACGGAACUAUUUUCUAGUCAAAUUAUUAUCAAGGCCAUGUACCACGUAAUCAUGCCUUAAUCUAGGCCUCGUUCGAACUAAGGCAUGAGUUGAGCUUUUCUAUGGCAAGGAAAAUGUGGUGAGUAAUUAGGUUAUAAUUUAUUGAGUAUUAAUUAUUAUAAACUUAAAAAUGAAUUUAUUUGAUAUUUAAGAAACUUUUAUAUAAAAACUUUUUAAAAAAUAUCAUUUAAUUGUUCCAAAAAACGUGCUAAUGGGAAAUGAGUUUGAACAACACCCUAACGAGAAAAGAGGAAAUUGUAGUUUGGAAUUGAACAAAAGAACAUACCCUUAAUCACAUUAGUCGAAUUUUAACGGAUGAAGCUUGUCCAUAAUUACAGAGUCAGUACUAAAGUAGACAUUGUAAAACCCAACGGUGCCAACGAUGAAUUCGAUGCCAAAGGCUCACAUCAGCAUGCCAAACAACCGAAACCCAACGAUGAAUUCGAGGCAGGAACUCAUUUGGCCUCUCAUUCUUCUCCAACCUUUCUCCCCUGACCCCCUCCUAUAUAUAAUCCAAAUAGAUGCAAAUCGAUCACAAAGCACACACAAAAGCGGCAAGGGACUUAGGCCACUUAGCAGUAAUCCAUGGCUGAGCGGGAGGGAGCCGUGGUGAAGAAGGGGCCCGACGAGGGCAUGAAGAUGGCCACGGCGCUGCUAGAGGAGUUCGGUCUGCCGCUCGGGCUGCUGCCGCUUGCGGAGGUGAUCGAGGUCGGGUUCGUGCGCGCCACCGGCUACAUGUGGAUCGCGCAGCGGAAGAAGGUGGAGCACCAGUUCAAGAUGGUGAGCAAGCAGGUGAGCUACGACGUGGAGAUCACCGGGUAUGUGAAGGCCAAGUGCAUCAAGAAGCUCAAGGGCGUCAAGGCCAAGGAGCUGAUGCUGUGGCCGCCGGUGAACGAGAUCACCGUCGACAACCCGCCCACCGGCAAGAUCCACUUCAAGAGCCUCGCCGGCGUCACCAAGACCUUCCCCGUCGAGGCCUUUGCCGCGGGUCAGUAGGCACCGGGCAGGCAGCGUUACAUCCAGUCAUCCACUGCUAUAUAUGCUAGCUAUGCGCGCUCAUUGCCGGUUGCCUGGUUCAUAAAAAAGUUUGGUGCUUACGCAUGAUUGAGCUUAUUGGCAACUGAUAUAUCAGUAUAUCACAGAUUAAACACAUAUAGUCCAUAUUUUGCACCAACGCACCAAGCUUCCGCCACUUCUGUUUCUGGCUUCAUAAUGGGCCUAAACCAAUAACGAGUUGUGAAAUUAAACAGCCCGCAACGUUUCGAAGUGGAAUUUUUAAUUUAGGCUGUGUUAGUUCACGCUAAAAUUGGAAGUUUGAUUGAAAUUGGAAUGAUGUGAUGGAAAAGUUGAAAGUU